ACUAACACCUCAAACAGACCUCCAGGCCCCACAGCGACAGGUAUUCUCUACGGCUACUUGGGUUGCUACGUCCAAACUGGCUCCAGUACCGUGACCUCAGGCCGCGCGCUUGCCUCCUACCAGGGCACCUUUACCGGCCAAGUAAACUCUCGCUGCAGUACCACUUGCCUUGCCCUCCAAUACGUCUACUUCGGCACUGUGAAUCAAGGAACAACUUCAGUGGAUUGCUGGUGUGGGAAUUCGAUUGCGUACGUGACGAUCAAUAGCGGUUUGUUAAGUGGUACAACCGGAGAGGCUGGAGAGAAUAACUGUUAUCUGUGCAAUGGAGGAAGUUUGCCUGGUGGUGUACCUGGUGCUUGUGGGAAUGGAAGUACAAGCACCAUCGCGAUUUUUGCUAGGUCGUUUUGA